CGGGCUGGGCACAAGACGGACCAGUGACCGAGGUAACGCACAACACCAGCACCAGGGACCGGACCAGCGCUUCACUUUUCUGUCUCUUUGCCGUUCCCUUUACUCUUUGCAUCGAGUUCUCUCACUUUCUCCACCGUUUUCCUUGCCAAGCUUCCUUCUCUUUCCCCCUUGUAUUUCUAGUUUCCUUUCUUUAAGAAAGAAAGGAAGUUUGGCGAACACAAUCAGGACUUAGAUUGUCCCAACUUCCUUUGCCGAAAAUCCAUUUCUUGCUUUGCCAUCUCAUCUUGACAGUGCUGUGUAUUUGGAAUUUUUGGAUCGAUUUCGACUUUUCUGGGUUUCUUACAAAUGAGUUGACCGCCUUUCUUGUGUAAACGAAUGGGAAGCAUUGGCUUUAGUUGAUUGGGAGAAGGGUUGUUGAUCAUCAGAGCUCUCGAUGAAGAUGGUCCCUUGGGGUGGAGUCAGUUGCUGUUUGAGUGCGGCUGCUCUUUACCUUCUCGGUAGAAGUAGUGGCAGAGAUGCCGAAAUUCUUAAAUCCGUUAACCGUGUCAAUCAGUUAAAGGAAUUAGCGCAACUGUUAGAUGGUGAAAUAUUACCACUGGUUGUUGCAAUUUCCGGAAGAGUUGGCUCUGAAACCCCAGUCAACUGUGAAUUCAGUGGUCUGAGGGGUGUAAUAGUUGAAGAAACGGCAGAGCAACAUUUUCUUAAACACAAUGAUGCUGGUUCGUGGAUACAAGAUUCUGCUUUGAUGCUAUCCAUGAGCAAAGAAGUUCCUUGGUAUCUGGAUGAUGGAACUGGUCAUGUUCACGUGAUUGGAGCUAGGGGCGCUACAGGUUUUGUAUUACCUGUUGGAAGUGAAGCAUUUGAAGAGUCAGGUCGAUCACUUGUACGUGGAACAUUAGAUUAUCUCCAAGGUCUCAAGAUGCUUGGAGUCAAGAGAAUUGAACGAGUACUUCCAAUCGGCACAUCCUUGACAGUUGUUGGUGAGGCUGCUAAGGAUGACAUUGGAACCAUCCGAAUUCAGCGACCCCACAAAGGACCAUUUUAUGUCUCUCCAAAAACAAUUGAUCAGCUUAUUGCCAAUCUAGGAAAAUGGGCAAGGUGGUAUAAGUAUGCAUCUGUGGGCUUGACCCUCUUUGGUGCUUAUUUAAUGGCCAAGCAUGCUAUUCAGUACAUCUUGGAAAGACGACGCCGUUGUGAACUACAAAAGAGGGUUCUUGCUGCAGCUGCUAAGAGGUCAGGACAAGAUAGUGAAGGUGAAAAGGCUGACAGUUUACCGGAUGGUGCAAAAAGAGAUCGCAUAAUGCCAGAUUUAUGUGUGAUAUGCCUUGAGCAUGAGUAUAAUGCUGUUUUUGUUCCGUGUGGGCAUAUGUGCUGCUGUACAGCUUGCUCUUCCCACUUAACCAACUGUCCUCUGUGCCGGGGGCGGAUAGAGCAGGUAGUGAAGACAUAUCGUCAUUAAAAAUGACGGAGCCAAAUAACAUUUAGGUCAACGGGGAUGAUACAAUUUCUCUAGUUGCUCACCACCCAAUUUCACAGGUUCUGCCUCAGAAUCUGAAAUAAGCAAGCCUUCAGAGAUACACCAAGAACAUGAUUCUUGCUUGUUAAUAGCUGGUGCUUGACUUCUGGAUUUGUAAAUAUGUUUACAACUGCUAUAGUUGGUGUAUUGUACUUUACUGAAGUUUCAAACAUCCGGAGCACGUUAUUGUUAUCCACUCCUUAACAUUGAUACAUUUUUUAUGUUGAAAAAUUUUUACGAUGGCUUUUCAUAGAACA